UUAAAGGACCUGGCAACACGUGUAUUCAGUGGGAAGUGAAUGGAACCCCUGGGAGACUCUAAAGUACAUUGAGUGACAAAAACAGAGUUUGGAAACGCCGUUCAAAAGAUAUGGAUGAGAAAGAACAAGAUGAUACGUGCAGUAUAUUUCCGGCAGUCCUGCCAUCUGGGAGUGAAAUCAAAGCCCGGGUGCAGAACUUCAUAGAGGAUCAGUUGCAGACCACCAUGUGGACUGGUGUGUUGAUUGGAGCUGCUGUUGCAGUUUCCCUUAUAAGUAUUGUUACCUUUUUUCUGCACAGAAUAUACAAGGCUGGAGAAGAGCAAACUGAAGGUCCUAAAUAUCGUUUCAGAAAAAGAGACAAAGUGCUGUUUUAUGGCAGGAAGAUAAUGCGGAAGGUCCAGACCUUGUCCUCACCACCCACCUCAGGUCCAGUAUCUCAAAAGCGAACCAGAAAAAGAACAAAAGUAUUGUCGAUAGCUCGCAAAAUCCUGCGUAUCCGAAGGGAGCCACCAACCCUUCAACCGAAAGAACCUCCUCCUUCCCUCUUGGAAGCAGAUCUGACUGAAUUUGACAUGCAGAGCUCUCACCUGCCCUCUGAAGUCCUGUAUAUGCUGAAAAAUGUGAGGGUUCUGGGUCAUUUUGAGAAGCCUCUGUUCCUGGAACUGUGUCGGCAUAUGGUGUUUGUGCAGCUGCAGCAAGGGGAAGGAUUAUUCCGCCCAGGUGACAUCGAUGACAGCAUCUUCGUAGUGCAGGAUGGACGUCUUGACCUGUGCAUCCAUGAGAGUGAUGGGACUGAGGUUGUGGUGAAGCACGUUUUGCCUGGAGACAGUGUUCACAGUCUUCUCAGCAUCCUCGAUGUCAUCACUGGAUAUCCAGCUCCCUACAAAACCGUCUCAGCCAGAGCAGCAGCCCGAACUACUGUUCUCCGCCUCCCUGCGCAGGCUUUCCAGUCCGUCUUCGAGAAAUACCCAGAGACCCUAGUCAGAGUUGUUCAGAUUAUCAUGGUGCGACUUCAGAGAGUUACCUUUCUUGCCCUUCACAACUAUCUGGGCCUGACCACAGAACUUUUCAAUCCGGAAAGUCAAGCUGUUCCACUGGUGUCAGUGGUUGGUGUUGUAGGAGAGGUCAAUCCAGGCAAAGGACUACGCAGACAAUCACAAACGAUUGAGGAAGUGUCUGACAAAGUCCCACAGAGGUCCUUUGACCAUUACAAUGACACAAGUCAGAUAUACAGAGGAGAGGAUGGUGGUAAGCCCAUUCGUUCAGAAAGUCCAACCACUUUAUUCAGGAAGUCUCGCUCACUGUCAACCCCUUUCGACAGUGCACAUGCUGGGUCUCCUGACCAGAAUAUGGCCUUUGACAGAACAAGCAUUACAAAAGAGAAUGCCCCUUCAAGUCCUAUUGUCAUUCAUAAGUCUAUUCGGAAGAAGUCGGUGACUCUGCAACAUUCUCCUUCAGCUGUGUUUCACUACUCAGACACUGGGGGUCACUCCAGCCACAUUCACCACUGUAAAGUGAAUGCCAUUUUUCAAGCUGCCAAGAAGGACUUGCUCAAGAUUAUACAGCUUCAGGACUCCAGUCUUUUGGAAGAUAGGGUGACUCUGAGACAAGUUAAGGCGGGGUCUGUGGUUGCAAGUGAGGGAGACCAGGAUGUGAGCGUGCUGUUUGUCAUCUCAGGAGCUCUUCAUGUGUACCAGAGACAGAUUGACAGAGAAGAUGAAACGUGUCUUUUUGUGACUCACCCUGGAGAGAUGGUGGGCCACCUGGCUGUUCUCACAGGAGAGCCUCUCAUCUUUUCUGUGCGUGCCCACCGGGACUGCUGCUUCCUGUCUAUCUCCAAAGCACACUUCUAUGAGAUAAUGCGUGCCGAGCCUCGAAUGGUGUUACAUGUAGCUCACACGGUGGUACGGAGGGUCUCCUCCUUUGUCCGACAGAUUGACUUUGCCCUGGACUGGAUGGCACUGGAAGCCGGACGGGCUGUCUAUAGACAAGGUGAUAAGUCAGACAGCACUUUCAUUGUUCUGAGUGGCCGCUUGCGCUCUGUCAUCAUGAAGGAUGAUGGGAAAAAAGAGCUUGCUGGAGAGUAUGGACGGGGAGACCUCAUUGGUGUGGUGGAAACUUUGACUCACUUGAACAGAGCCACUACAGUCCAUGCAGUCCGAGACUCUGAACUGGCCAAACUGCCUGAGGGAGCUCUCAACUCUAUUAAGAGGAAAUACCCACAGGUUGUUACUCGUCUGAUUCAUCUUCUUGGGCAGAAAAUCUUGGGUAACAUGCAGCAAGUGAAUGAUCCACUAUCAGUGCGUAGCCUGGGUUUUCACACCCCAACCAGCAAGUGGGAAGCAGGUAACCCAGCUGCUAAUCUGUCAACGGUCACCAUUCUGCCUGUUUCUGAGGAAGUGCCUUUGACUGCCUUCACGCUGGAGCUGCAACAUGCUCUCAGUGCUAUUGGCCCCACUUUGCUUCUAACCAGUGACAUCAUUAGACAGCAUCUAGGUGUUGCAGCCUUGGACAGUGUUCAUGAGUACCGUUUGUCAAGCUGGUUGGGUCAACAAGAGGACAUCCACCGGAUUGUUCUGUAUCAGUCUGACAGUUCUCUGACUCCUUGGACUCAACGUUGCAUCAGACAGGCGGACUGCAUCAUCAUCGUGGGUCUGGGGGAACAGGAGCCCACUGUGGGAGAGCUGGAGCGUAUGCUGGAGAGCAGUGCCGUGAGAGCUCAGAAGCAGCUGGUCCUGUUGCACCGUGAGGACGGGCCUCCACCCAGAGGAACCGCAGAAUGGCUCAAUAUGCGCAGCUGGAUCUCUAGACAUCUUCAUCUGUCAUGUCCCCACAGGGUCUUCUCCAGGAGGAGUCUACCCAAACUGAGAGAGAUGUAUCAGCGUGUAUUUGAGAAGCCUCCCGACCGGCAUUCUGACUUCUCGCGUCUGGCUCGGAUCCUGACAGGAAAUGCUAUCGCUCUGGUGCUGGGAGGAGGUGGAGCCAGAGGCUGCUCUCAGGUGGGCAUCAUUCGGGCAUUGAGUGAGGCGGGGAUCCCUGUAGAUCUGAUUGGCGGCACCUCCAUCGGUUCCUUGAUAGGAGCGCUCUAUGCUGAAGAGCGAAGCGUCAGUCGUAUGACUGUCAGAGCACGCCAGUGGGCCAUGAAUUUUGGAUCCAUAUUUAGGAAGAUCACAGACUUGACCUACCCAGUGACAUCCAUGUUUACUGGAGCAUCGUUUAACUCCAGCAUUAGUGCAGUCUUCCAGGACAAACAGAUUGAGGACCUUUGGAUCCCGUAUUUCAACAUCACCACAGACAUCACUGCCUCUUCCAUGAGAGUGCACACUUAUGGCUCUCUGUGGAGGUAUGUGCGUGCCAGUAUGUCUCUCUCUGGAUAUCUUCCCCCUUUAUGUGACCCUAAAGAUGGGCACUUGCUCAUGGAUGGAGGCUACAUCAAUAACCUACCUGCUGACACAGCUCGCUCCUUGGGUGCCAAGAUGGUGAUUGCCGUUGAUGUUGGUAGUCAGGAUGAGACCGAUCUGACCAACUAUGGAGACUCUUUAUCUGGAUGGUGGCUGCUAUGGAAACGCUUGAACCCGCUGACAGAAAGAGUGAAGGUGCUGAACAUGGCAGAGAUUCAGACCCGUCUGGCCUACGUGUGUUCUGUGCGUCAACUGGAGCUGGUAAAAGACAGUGACUACUGCGAGUACCUUCGACCACCCAUAGAUCGCUAUGGCACAUUGGAUUUUGGCAAAUUUGAUGAGAUUGCUGAUGUUGGCUACCUGCAUGGGAAAACCGUGUUUGACGUGUGGUGUCGGAGUGGGGUGAGGGAGACGAUGCUCAAAGACCAACAUCAAGAGGAAUUCCACAAAUCUAGGAGCACAAAUGUGACCUGUCCCAAUGCUUCUUUCACCGAUCUGGCUGAAAUAGUGUCCAGAAUAGAGCCAGCGAAGCAGGCCAUUGUGGAUGAGGAGUCUGAGUACCAGACAGACUGUGAUGAAGAUGCAGUGCUGUCAGACUUCGAUUUGCAAAACAGUGAGCAUACAGAAGAAGAAGAAGAUGAAGAAGAGGAGGAGGAGACCGCAGAUACAGCUGAUACAGAUGAUGACAUGGAGAUCAGGACAAGGCGACAUGGAGCACUCAAACACAGCAGCCAUCAUACCACCUGACCUCAAAUACCUCUUUUCCAAGAGGUUUCGAUCAUUUCACAGUAGCCUUGAGCCUUUACACUAAUGAUCAAAAGUUUGGAAUAAUUUUUUUAAGUCAAGACUGCAUUUAUUUAAUGAAAAUACACUAAACAGUAAUAUUGUGAAAUAUAAUUGCAAUUUGAAAUUUCUAUAUAUAUUUUUAAAU